AUGGCGUUGCAUAGUGAAUCAAGAUCACCAUUGAUGCCCACUCCGGCGACAGGUAGCGUCAAUAUUUUUUCCCCCGAAACUGAUUGCACGACCACCUACACCUCGAAUGACACUAAGUUCUGGGCUCCGAUUUCUGAGGAUUCAAUCACACCACACAUCGGCCAGGUGUUUGGUACAGUUGAACAGGGUGAGGUGUUUUAUUUUGAGUACGGUAGGGCGGUAGGGUUUGAUGUGCGUCGUAGCACGGUGAAAAAGGAUAGAAAUGGAAACACAACGGUCCGCCACCUGGUGUGUUCAAGACAGGGGUUUAAACAAGUCGUACGAGACCAGUUUGCGGAAUUGGAGGUGGGGAAUGGUGUAGCAGUGGGUGGUUCGUGCCACCGGACAUCGAAUCGUGUUGGUUGCCCAGCUCGGGUUGUGCUGAAACGGGGUAAUGCAGGUUCAUUCAUUGUGCACCUAUUAGAAAUCAGUCACACACACCCAUUGUGCAGCGACGUGUCACGGCCCUUUCUGCGAGCGAACCGCUACAUGGAUGUUACCCACCAGAACUUUGUUGCUAGUUGUGCAAAAGCAAAUAUUGGACCUUCUAAAUCAUUCAAGUUGUAUAGAGAGUUCGUUGGUGAUUUCUCAAAUAUUGGGGCGACACGUAAUGACUUUCGGAACAUGAAACGAGAUUUAUUGGCAUUAAUUAAGGGUGCGGAUGCACAAAUGAUUAUUGCUAAAUUCCGUGGGCGACAGGACCGGUGUCCAGAUUUUUUCUACGACUACGCCAUAGAUGCAGAAGAGCAACUUUGCAGGUUAUUUUGGACAGACCGUGUUGCACGGGAGAGUUACGCUUGUUUCGGGGAUGUGAUGUCGUUUGAUGCAACCUACAACACGAACAAGUAUAAAUUGGUGUUCGUCCCAUUCACCGGGAUUGAUAAUCACAAGCGUUGUGUGGUGUUUGGUGCUGGGCUACUUGCUAACGAAGAUGAGGCGUCUUAUGUUUGGUUGUUAGAGAACUUCAAGCGUGCAAUGGGUCAGGAGCCUAUUUGCACAGUUACAGACCAGGACCCUGCUAUGAGAAAAGCUGUGCCACAAGUUUUGAAGCACACACAGCACAGAUUCUGCAUGUGGCACAUAAUGUCAAAGGUCACUGAAAAAGCUGGACCAAUACUAGCCAAGGAUGCUGAGUUCCUUCGUAGUUUGAACGCAGUUGUAUGGGAUGAAAGAAUAACUACUGAGGAGUUUGAGUUACGAUGGCAUAGUGUUAUGGAACGAUUCGGGCUGCUGGAUCAUACUUGGUUUAACCAACUGUUCGAGUUGCGCGCACAGUGGAUCCCUGCUUUUUUCCGGGAUGUACGUAUGGGAGGUUUGUUGCGCACGACUUCUCGGUCUGAAGCCAUCAACAGUGUUUUUGGAUGUUCGACUAACCGCCAUGCUAGUUUAAUUGAGUUUUUAUGCCAUUAUGACGGUGCAAUCGAAGCUCAACGUUAUGAGCAAGCAAAGCUAAACGCGGCAUGUGAAGGGCACCUGCCUAAGAUGACAACACCCUUGGCAAUUGAGCGGCAUGCAGCUGCUGUAUAUACGAUACAAUUGUUCUACGAGAUUCAAAAUGAGAUUUCUAAGGCUUGUUUUUCAUGCCGGGUCGUGAGUGUCCAGCAAACUGGGGUAGUUAAGCAAUAUGUGAUACAGGACGUUUAUGGUAACGAGUCCAAGGUGGAGUUUAACAGCGACGAGACUGCAGUCCAUUGCACGUGCAAAAUGUUUGAAAAGGUAGGGCUUCUGUGCAGCCAUGGUUUUGUAGCUCUCAAAGAUGAUGGCAUGGAAGUGAUCCCGUCACCAUACGUGCUUGUACGGUGGUCACGUGGUGCUUGUGUGCGAUCGACGAGCCGAGCAAAUAGCGAGGGUAACAACCACAUCCCCCCGCAGCAUAAACUGUGGGUUGAUUUUCAUACAUGUUUAUCCGUAGCAGGGGAAGACCAGGAACGAAUACUAAUGGUGAGUAAUGCAGUCCAAGCAUUAAGAGAGUCUUUGAGUGUGGGUGCUGACAGUACCCCUAUGCGACGUGGUAAGCAUUCUGUGAUUGAGAACUUUACCGGAAAUGUGGCUGUAGACCCAGUAGUGAUACGCCCCCCAGUGGUGGCUCGUAACAAAGGUCGGGGGAAGCGUCUUAAAGGAAGCCGGGAAAUUGCAGUGACUAUGAAAAAACCUGGGGGACGGACAUGCGCUACAUGCGGACUGGCAAAUGGACAUGAUAGUCGCAACUGUGUGUUACGGAAGAUGAACCAAGAGUAUGAGGGUUCGGGUUAG